AUGUCGCUCUGUCUCACCUUCAUCGACUUAAAGAAGGCCUUCGACUCAGUUGAGACGGAAGCGGUCGUGGAAGCCUUGGACAACCAAGGCGUCCCUACUCAGUACAUAAAAGUACUUCGAGAGUUGUACAAUAACUUCACGACCGGAAUUUCGCCAUUCUACAAGAAUAUCAUCAUUGACAUGAAGAAAGGGGUCCGACAGGGUGAUACAAUCUCACCCAAAGUAUUCACAGCCACCCUCGUGAACGCAUUGCGAAAGUUGGAAUGGAACGACAUGGGAGUGAAGGUCGACGAUCGGCAGCUACACCAUUUGCACUUUGCUGAUGACAUCGUACAGACAACACCUAGCAUCAGCCAAGCGGAACGAAUGCUGACCGAGUUCGACGAAACAUGUGGAUGCAUCGGUCUUCAGCUGAUUCUCCAAAAGACGAUCUACGUUUAUCUGGGUCGGAAAUUGAAUGUGAUAACAUGGGGAGCGUACAAGAGCGAUGUAGUGAAGAAGACCAGGAACACCCAGCUCCGUGCUCACCUCUUCAACACCACCGUACUUCCUGCUUUGACCUAUGCAUCGGAAACCUGGGCAUUUCGCAAGCAGGAAGAAAACGCGGUGAGCGUCAUUGAACGCGCAAUAGAGAGAGUGAUGCUAGGAGUAUCCCGAGUAUCCCGUUUCACGCAAGGGAGAGACGGGAUUCGAAGUUCUCUCCUACGUCAGCGAUCGAAGAUUGGAGACGCCGCUGCGUUUGCUGUGGAAAGUAAAAUAAGUUGGGCCGGACACGUGAUGCGCUUUAACGACAACCGUUGGACCAGAGCCGUGAGCGACUGGGAUCCCCGCGAUAUUAAGCGCACUACAGGAAGACCGCCGACCCGAUGGUCAGAUUUCUUCACGAAGUCCUUCAAAGAAAAGUAUGAUGCCUUUCGUGUCCCACGCGAAAGGAGGAACCACUGGGCUACUCUGGCACGCGAUUGGGACAAAUGGAAGAAUUACUGGCGCCCGCUCGACCAGUUCGAAAAUCAGCGGGAGUCAAGGUGA